AUGAUCGCUCGACGUCACCUGCCCCCGCUCGCCGCGGCGGAGGCGUGGUGCGCUGAGCUGCCCAUCGGAUCGCUGAUCCGCGUCUCGUAUGAGGGGGGGGCCAUGGACCACGCCAGGAUCGUGCUCUGGCCGAGCCGUCGUCGAGACGCGCGAGGGCGGCAGCGGGGGAAGUCGACGUGCUGGGUGCUGUCCGCCGACGGCGACGUGUGGGAGGAGGACCUGGGCGGGAAGAGUCCCGCGACGGGACCUUCUGGAGGAUCCAUCCUGGGCCAGGUGACAGGGGACCCCCCAGACGGUCGUCGCCUGUGCAGGUUCCUCUCGCUCCCGAGCCUGGGCGAGAUCUUGGAGCGCGCGGCGGAGUGCCGCGAGACCAUGCUUGGUCGAGGCCAGCGAGAGUCCGAGGGCGCGGAGCACGUGAUGCUUCCCGAUGGUGUUGAGCGGCCGGGCCGAGAGUAUUUCCCUUUUUUGAUGGGUGAGCGGCCGUGGGUGCUGGCGGAACCGGUGCCAGGGAUGCCCGUCGGCACGGUGGUGGACCCCUUGCCCGAAGGCGUGGCGCGCGCCGGCAGCCAGGCGUUGGCCCGCCUCUCUGGAGGUGGCCGCUGGGCUCGGCUGGAGCAGGUGGACGCGGACGCCAUCGUCGAAUGGGCUGCUGGUCGUCUGGAGGAGCUGCGAGGGCUGCUUGGAGCCGCCCCCUUGCCGGCGCCCGCGGGAUCCGCGGUCGGCGGCGCCGAGGCCCCUCCGCCCCGGGCGCCAGUGGACCACCCUGGUCCCGACCACCUAGCGGCCGAGGUCGGCCUCGCCGAUGAGCCUGAUGCUCGGAGGGAGACCGCGCCCGAGGGGCCCAACAACGACGUCAGAACGCUCUGGGUCGACUGGGGCGAGCAGGGCGAGCGCAGGAAGGACUUCCGCCGCGCCGUUGCCGAGAGCUCGAACGUGGAGUGGGAUCGCCAUCGCCUGCCCUCUGAUCGGACGUGCCUCCACACGUGCAAGAUGAUGAUGAUGAGCCUGAAUGGCUCACCUCGGGCCUGGCUGGAACGAUUCUUGAGGGGGAAGGGGGUGGCGUCCACGGACAGGGUGGCCCGCGAGCUCAGGGUGCUCUGCGACAUCUUGGAGGAGGCUGGAGAGUUCGACCAGCUCAACCGAGGUGGAUGGGCUUGCCUGGAGGUCGCGGCUCUUCGGUUGAAUCUGCUGGUCGAUGCUCACGGGACCAGCGGCGCGGCGUCCUACUCCAAUGCGAAGUACCUCUCGCCUCUGACGGAGGUAGACCAGCUCGUGGCGCCUGGCCUGCGCUCGCAUGUGUCGAGGCGGGCCAAGGAGGAGUACGAGCUGCUGCAGGGUGACAGGAAGGCCGAGGCGGCGGCGCUCAGUGCGUUGCUCAAGGGGUGCUCGAUCUACGACGCAUCGGGCUCCCCGAGGCGGCCGAUCCAUGACAUCGAUUUUCACAACUUGCCGACUUCGUAUUUUGACCCGCUGCUGAAGCGGAGCAAGAAGAAGUGCCACAGUUUUUUGAAGGAUCACGUCACGAGGUCUCUUGCUGGCAACUUUGACGCCUUCGGAGCAGGCUGGCCUCUUUUUCGUGAAAAAUCUGACGGGCACAAGAUGCGCAUGAUAGUGGACGCCCGCCGUGCCAGCGCCUGGUUCAACGUGCCGCCCAGCGUGCAGCUCCUCUCCUGCGAAGGCUUCGGGCGCGUGGAGGUGAGGCUCCCCGAGGGGGUGGCCAUCGGCUCCGCCCGCGCAGAGGAGUUGCUGGGCAAGUUCAGGCUCUUUCUGGGGAUAACGGACGUUAAGGGCUGCUUCUACCGCAUGCGGAUCCCCCUGAGCCUGGCGAAGUUCUUGUCGCUGCCAGCCGCGCCCGCCCACGUCCUAGGGCUCGCGGGCCAGGAGCUCGAGGGGGCUCGACUGGGGCCGGACACCCUGGUCUCCCCGUGCAUCGGCGCGCUUCCCAUGGGCUUCUCGUGGUCGCUCUUCUUGGCGCAGGGUGCCAACGAGGAGAGAGUGGUUAGCUCGAACCCUUGGCCGGGAGGAGAUAUGACGAUCUCCGAGAGGCUGCUCAUGAGCGACCGAGGGCCCCCGCUGGUCAUAGACGUCGAGCCUGGCCGUGUGGGAGGGGCCUACGUGUACGUCGACAACCUAGGGGUCGACCUCGACCUGCACGAGAGCUCCGUGACCUCGUCCGCGUGCGAGGCUCUGGGGGCCAAGCUGGACCUCGAGCUGAUGAGGUCGGGCGUGAGCGACGGCCGCGUCUGGAAGGUGUGCAUGGGGCUGGGGGGCCUGCUGGCGCGCGGCCGCGCGACGGGGCGAGCCCUGGAGAUGGUGCUCGGUCACUGCGCCUUCUGUGGGCUGGCUCUGCGGGGCUCGUUGAGCUGCUGGCGCGCCUCCUACCGCUUCAUCCAGAGGCACUACCUCGAGCCCGCUCGCCUGUGGCUCGAAGUCAUGAAGGAGGUGAGGCUGUUCCGCGGCCUGCUCGUGCUGAUGGUGCAGGACUGGUGGCGCCCGUGGAACAGCUGCGUGCUCCAGACCGACGCCAGCGAGAGCGGCUGGGGCAUGGCGCAGUUGUUCUGGCCACUCCGCGUGGUGGAGGAUGUCGGGAGGCUGCCCGAGCGGGCCCGCUUCCGCUCCGCGCAGGGAAGGCCUGCGCGAGAGAGCGCGCUCGCUGCCGCCAGCCUGGUCCAGGAUAGCUCGGGGAUGAUCCGCAGCGUCGAGAGUGUAAUGCAUGAGGAUUCCUCGGAGCCCGAUGCUUUGUCCGCCUGGGAUGUUGAUCCAGAUUUUGCCGAAGUCCCUUGGGAGUGGCUCCGAAAGGGGGCCUGGGAGACGGUCCGCUCAGGGGCCUGGCGUUUCCCCGAAGGCAUUUUCAUCCUGGAAGCCAGGGCCCUUGUUAAAGCAGUCCAGAGGCGGCUGCGGGGGCUCAGCGCGCUUGUGGUUCGGGAGCUGCCGCUGCCUUCCAGGCGGCAGGUUCCCUCGGACAGCGAUGGGCGCGCGGGCGCGGACGGCCAGGCUGCGCGGAAGGAGCGGCACUUCGCGGCGCUGGACGACAGGGGCGCCAAUGGACAGGACCCCGCUGGAGACGGAGGGGAGGCCGCCGAGGGCGACAGCAGCUCCAGCGGCUCCGACUCGGGGAUCGAGCGCCCGAGGCGCAGCCGCGUGCGGAUGCAGCAGCUGCGCGCUCGGGGGGCGCAGAGGCGAGCGAAGCUGAACGCCGACGCGAUCCUCGCUGCUCAGGACGCGGGAGUGAGCCCUCUUGGAGACCUUGGCCGUGACGCGGCCGACGCAGGUGAGGUACCAGCGCUACCUGAUCUCUCCUGCUCGCGCGUCGGCCUGAAGCAGGAGGACAUCCUCGCGAGGGCCGACGCCGAGAUCGACGAGAUGUCUAGCAACGACUUGACCGAGAAUUGCUUGCUAGGCGAGCAGAGCAGCUACGGGGAUCAGACCAUGGCGGCCUGGGUCAGCGCGAACCCCGACUUCGGGCGAAUCGGGGGUCGCCUGCUACCCUGUGCGUUGCGCAGGCUGACCCCUGGGCGGCGGCGGAAGGCCUUGGCCCUCCCGGUCUGGUGCGGCCUGGCUUGGAAGCCGGUGCGUCGAGGGCAUCUUCGGCUUGCGCUCUUCCUCGCGGCGGGCGUCUCGACCUGUUCGCGGCCCUCGACCUUGCUGGCCGCCCAGAGGUGCGAUCUCGCCCCCCCGACGACGGGUGCCAGCCGCCACUGGGCCUUGCUGACUCAUUCUCGAAAGCGGAGGGAGCCCAGCAAGAGGGGCCACUUCGACCAGGCAUGCCCGUUAGACUCUCCGUGCCUCCAGGGCUGGGAUGCAGUGUUCAAGUCCAGGCACCGCUACGAGCACAGCAGCAG